GCAUGCGCCUUGGCAGCGCGCGGAGGGGGUCGGUGCAGUUUAAGGAGCUCGCGGCUGAGGGGGAUUUAACGAAGCAGGCACGAGCGCGGAUAUUUACACCCAAGAAAGAUAUCAAAAUACAAAAUAAAGAUAGCGUUAAAGAAAGAGAAGCGCUUCAGAGACCCCCGAUAAUAUAGGCGGCGCCGGCGUGCUGUGCUAAUACACUAGUGGAAGAGAGACACGCUCUUUGAGGCGCCCUGCUUGCGUGCUUGCUUGCGUGCUUGCUUGUUUUUAAAUGCGUGUGCAUGCCCGGGGGUGCUGUGAGCGGCUCCGCGGGGAACGGGACGCUGCGCUCAGGUUAUAUUUUCGCUGCUGUUUAAAAGCAGUCCCGCAGGUCCUUUAUUAUCAUUGCAGUGUGGGGAGCCAAUAUGGCGGAGCGGGAGGAGGCGGAACCCAAGCCUGCCGGGAAUGAAGAGAAAACGCGCAGUGUUUUUGGCGGCAGCACGGAUAGAAGCGCCGAGGUGGAAAUGGAAACGGAGUCAGCCGAGGAAUAUUCUGCUAAAAUGCUUCGGAGCAAAAAGGACAGCCCGUCUGCUGCUGGCUUCGGGGGGCUCCGGAUAAACCCCCCCCUGGCCGAGGAGGAGGGGGAUCCCUUCGGGAAUGGAGACGAACUGGCAGGCAUUCCCGUGGUGGGGAGCGACAGUGAGGGGGAAUUCGGGGAUGCUCCGGGAGACGAGGACGACGAUAACAGCGACGUUCCGCACGGAUUCAAGUCUCCCAUUGUCUCCCGCCGUCCCCAGGGUGAGGAGGAGGAAGAGGAGGAGGAGGACGAGGAGGAGGAGGAAGAGGAGCUGGGGAAAGCCAGUCCUGAGAGUGGGAGUGGGGAGCCCAGCUUCGAAGCCACAGCUGCUGCAGUCACAGCAGAGGGGAACGAGGAUGAGCAGAGUCCUGGAGGGGAGCGGAGGCAGCGGGGUGUGGAGGGCAUGGUGUGGAGCUCCGUCUCGGGGGCAGGACUCAGCCCGGUCAGCGAGGAUGAGCUAGGGCACAGGACCCCGGCGCAGAAGGAGGCCAGUGGAACGGGUUCGAGAGGGAGCGAGACCCAGAGCAACAAGACCCCGACUGCAGCAGGACAAGAGAACGGAAGGAGGCUGGAGUCGCCUGUGUCAGUGCGCCCGGACGCUGCGUACCGGGAGCCCCACAGCGAGGGUGCGAGGGCCCCCCUGGUCCCGGAGCUGCAGAUCAAGGAUGAGCCCGUGGACGAGGAGUACGACAAGGCGCUGGCGCCCCAGACCGGCCUCAUUGACAACAUCAAAGAUGAGCCAGACAACGCAGAGGAGUACAACCAGAAGCAGCCCCAGACUCACGAGGAGCUGAAAAUCAGCGCCGUGUUCUCUGUCAGCGGCAGCCCUGCAGGUCCCCAGUACACCUCGGGAGGUGUUGCUGCUUCUGCCCCGGUGAGGAUUGUCCCGGGGCCCCUGGUAGCGAAGCCCCUCCUCCCCAGCCCUGCCCCUGCCCCGGCCCCGGCUCCAGCCCCUGCCCAGGCUGUCAGGGUGUCCUGCUCGGGGUGCAAGAAGGUCCUGCAGAAGGGCCAGACUGCCUACCAGCGCAAGGGCUCCACCCAGCUCUUCUGCUCCACGCUCUGCCUGACCGGCUACAACGUGCCCCCCCUCAAACCUCUCAUCCGGAAGACGUGCCACUACUGCCUGAAAGAGAUCGCCAACCCGAAGGACGUGAUCUGUGCUCCGGUGGACAGCGUGGGGACGGUGAAGGAUUUCUGCAGCCAGGCCUGCCUCACUCCGUUCGACUUCAAGAGGAAAAGCGUGCUGCCGACGUCGGAGCCCAGCGAGGGCAGGAUCAUCAAGUGCAGCAUGUGUCAGAUGAGAGCCCUGGACAUGCAGAGUCAACAGACAGGGGCCCUGCAGAUUCGUCACGAAGUGAACUACCAGAACGUGGUGCACAAGCUGUGCAGCGACUUGUGCUUCUCGCGGUUCAGAGCCGCCAACAACCUGACGAUGAACUGCUGUGAGCACUGCGGGGCGUACUGCUACAGCGGGACAGGCCAGUGCAGCGUGCUGCAGAUCGAGGGCCAGGCCAAGAAGUUCUGCAGCUCCACCUGCCUCGCCACGUACAAGCAGAAGUGUGCGAAGGUGACCCCCUGCACUGUGUGCCGCGCUCUGCGCUCCUCGGCUGAGAUGGUGGAGAACACAAACGCCCAGGGGAAGACGGAGCUGUUCUGCUCUGUGCACUGCCUCUCCGCGUACAGCGUGCAGUCCAUCUCCACUUCAGGCAUUCCUGUUCAGUGUAACAGCUGCAAAACCUCCGCUGUGCCUCAGUAUCACUUAGCGAUGUCUGACGGGAGCAUUCGCAACUUCUGCAGCUACAACUGUGUGGUCAACUUCCAGAACACAUUCAGCAAACCCUCUGGCCAGGCCUCCUCGGUGGUGCCCCUGACUCAGGGCCAGGUGAUCGUCAGCAUGCCCUCCUCCUCCUCCUUCUCCUCCUCUUCACUGGUCAGCACCACAAGCUCCACGGCCAGCACGGGGCUGGGGGCCCAGCCGCUCACUCCGGGGAGCCUGGCCAGCUCUCCGGUGCAGAGGCUGGCGGGACAGAGCCAGCAGCAGACGCAGGCGCAGGCCCCCCUCUCCCGCGCCGCUGGCAUGCCCAAGCUCAGCUGCCAGCACUGCCACAGACUCUUCCUGUCCAAACCAGAGCUCCUCCAGUUCAAGGACCGCAUGCUGCUGUUCUGUGGGAAGAUGUGCUUCGACGAGUUCAAGAAGGUCAGCUUCGUGAUGGCGCGGUGCGAGUACUGCAAGAUCGAGAAGAUCGCCAAGGAGACCAUCAAAUUCAACAAGCAGGGCCGCUCCUUCUGCAGCGAAGGCUGCAAGCUGCUGUAUAAGCACGACCUGGCUAAGCGCUGGGGCGCUCACUGCCGCUCCUGCACCUACUGCAGCAGCGCCUCCCAGAGAUUGGUGCAGAAUCACUUUGCAGGGAAGCUGGAGGAGUUCUGCAGUGAGGAGUGCAUGUCCCUCUACACCGUCCUCUUCUACCAGAUGGCGAAGUGUGACGCGUGCAAGCGGCAGGGCAAGCUGAUCGAGUCGGUGAAGUGGCACGGAGAGAUGAAGCAUUUCUGUAACCUGCAGUGUCUCCUGGUCUUCUGCAGUCAGCACAGCUCAGCAGAGGCCUCCAGCAACACAGUGAAUGCAGUUGGUGUCUCCCCUAUUGCCCCAGUGCCUGGCCCUCUUGCUCCCCAGCUCCCCUCUGCCCUGCCCUCCCUGCCCCUCUCGCCCCCUGGACACAAGGAGGCCACGCCCGUCAUCGCCAGUGUGGUGUCCCUCGCAAGCACGCCGGCCGCACAGCCCUGCGUGGACUCUACCGCGGCACUGCACGGAGCUGUCCCUCCUGCGCAAACCAAGGUCAUCGAACAUGCCAGCACUCAGACCGAUGCUCUGAAGCUGCCCCCCGCGGCCCCCCCGCGCAUUCUGAAGAACAAAGCCCUGCUCUGCAAGCCCAUCAGCCAGACCAAGGCCACCUCGUGCAGACCACACACCCAGAGCAAGGAGUGCCAGACAGAACCGGAACCGGAGCCCAAGCCCAAGCCGGAGUUCAUAGUGCUACCGAUCCCAGUGCCAGUGUUCGUGCCUGUACCUAUGAACCUGUACACCCAGUACACACCCUACCCCUUCGGGGUGCCCCUGCCGCUGCCAGUGCCCAUGUUCAUCCCCACCACUCUGGACAGCGCUGCGAAGAUCCUGGAGACGAUCCAGGACAUCAAGGAGAAGAUCCCCUCGAACCCCUUCGAGGCGGACCUGCUGCAGAUGGCAGAGAUGAUCGCCGAGGAGGAGGAGGAGAAGGAGAAGCCUGCCUCACACGGGGAUCAGGGCAGCACGUACAGCGGGGAUCUGGAGUCAGAGGCCGUGUCAACCCCGCACAGCUGGGAGGAGGAGCUGAAUCACUACGCCCUGAGAUCCAGCGCAAUGCAGGAGCCAGCGCCCGAGCUGAAGCAGCUCUCCCGCAUGGAGCAGGAGCAGGACAUCGAGGCAGACUUCCCCCCGGAGUUGUUGGAGCCAGCUGGGAGGGAGGUGGUCGUGACGCCCAGGCAGCGUGGCCGGAGGAGACCCAGGGAUGGAUUCCCACCACGGAAACGGGGUCGGAAGCGUGCCUCCGCGGUGGUGUCGUCCGCUCUGUCCCGCAGCGCCAUGCCCCCCCCCAGCAAACCCCGAAACACGCUCAAGUUCAUGUACGGGGUGAACGCCUGGAAGAACUGGGUGCAGUGGAAGAACGCACAGGGGGCGGAGGAGCUGAGAUUCGGGGCGCGCCCGAUGAAGCCGAAGGAGGACAUCCUGAACUGCAGCUCUGCAGAGCUCAGCUACGGCCUGUGUCAGUUCAUCAAGGAGCUGCGGAGACCCAGCGGGGAGAAAUACACGCCAGACAGCGUCUUCUACCUGUGCCUGGGCAUUCAGCAGUACCUGUUUGAGAAUGGCAGGAUAGAGAACAUCUUCACAGACCUCUUCUACAGCAAGUUCACAAUGGAGAUCACCAAGAUGCUGAAGAACUGGCAGCCCACAGUCCUGCCCAGCGGGUACCUGCACUCUCGAGUGGAGGAGGAGUACCUGUGGGAGUGUAAGCAGCUGGGCGCGUACUCCCCGAUCGUACUGCUCAACACGCUGUUGUUCUUCAACACCAAGCUGUUCCAGCUCAGGACUGUCCGGGAGCACCAGCGGCUCUCCUUCGCGCACGUCAUGCGCUGCACCAAGGCGCUGAAGCACAACGCCAAGACCACCUACCUGCGCUUCUUCCCCCCGGUGCCCAAGAAGGAGCCCGCAGAUAAGUCCUCUGGUCUGGGCAAGCGGAAGCAGAGCCCGGAGGAGGAGGAGGAGGAAGAGGAGGUGAUGGAGAUGGCAGAGAACACAGAAAACCCCCUGCGCUGCCCCGUGAGGCUCUACGAGUUCUACCUGUCCAAGUGCUCUGACAGUGUGAAGCAGCGCACGGACGUGUUCUACCUGCAGCCCGAGCGCUCUUGCGUGCCCAACAGCCCGCUCUGGUACUCCUCCCUUGCCAUCGACCCCGAAACGCUGGAGACCAUGCUCACCAGGAUACUGAUGGUGCAGGAGGUGCAGGAGGAGCUGAGGAAGGGGCGUCCGGACAGCCUGAACCACCACUCCCAGGGAGAGGGCUAGAGAGAGAGAGAGAGAGAGAGAGAGAGAGAGAGAGAGAGAGAGAGAGAGAGAGAGAGAGUAAUGCACUGGGUGAGCAGAGAGGAGUCAGAGAUAGGAGGUAGUAUUUCACACUUUUAUAUAUAGAUAAGUAGAAUACAUUAUUCCGACCCUGCCAAACCUCACUCUUGGUUUUUGCUAAUAAAAACAAAUAAAAAUCCAGUACUCCUGUAUAAAUGUGAGACGGGGGGAGGGGGGGUUUGAAAACAUUUCAAGAUCAGUGGUUAGUGUGCUCUAUAGUACAGCUGUGAGGCUGGGCUGUCC